AUGGACAGAGGUUGGUCUGGUCUCACUCUUGAUUCAUCUUCUCUUGAUCUCAUAAACCCUAACCGCUUCAAGAAUAAUAACCACCGCCGCUUCUUGAAUCCAUUGACGAUGUCUAGAAUGGGCGACGAGGAUGACCAAAAGACGAAUAUGUCCAUCGACGGCAGUGAAUUCAGGUUUCCCGUAAGUCUCUCCGGUAUUCGUGACCGUGAAGAUGAUGAUUCUUCUAGUGGAGUCGGCAGAGAAAACGACCGUGAAGUUCCCGGAGAAGUGGAUUUCUUCUCCGACAAGAAGUCUAGGGUUUGUCAGGACGAAGUUGACGACGCUGGAUUACGGGUUAAGAAGGAGGAACAAGAUGAUCGAACUGACGUAAAUACCGGUUUGAACCUUCGAACCACGGUUAAUGCCCGGAGUGAUCAAUCAGUGAUCGACAAUGGAGAAUCGUCCGAAAUGGAAGAUAAACGUGCAAAUAAUGAGUUGGUUAAGUUACAAGAUGAGCUGAAGAAAAUGACCAUGGAGAAUGAAAAGCUAAGAGAAUUGCUUACACAAGUGAGCAACAAUUACACUUCACUUCAUAUGCAUCUUGUUUCACUUAUGCAACAGCAGCAACAACAACAGAAUAAGGCAUUAGAGGCUGCUGGAAAGCAUGAGGAAACGAUAGUACCGAGGCAAUUUAUCGAUCUAGGCCCUUCGAGAGCAUCAGAUGAGGCCGAGGAUUUGUCAAAUUCUUCAUCGGAAGAUAGGACUCGUUCAGGAGGUUGUUCUGCCGUUGAGAGGCGUAAUAACGAGGUUAGGGACGGAAAGAGACUUGGACGUGAAGAAAGUCCUGAAACCGAGUCUAACAAAGUUCAGAAAGUGAAUAACAGUAGCCCACCAACGUUUGAACAAUCCACAGAAGCUACGAUGAGGAAAGCCCGCGUCUCGGUUCGGGCCCGAUCGGAAGCUACUAUGAUAAGCGAUGGAUGUCAAUGGAGAAAGUACGGCCAAAAGAUGGCAAAAGGCAAUCCAUGUCCGCGGGCUUAUUACCGUUGUACAAUGGCCACGGGUUGUCCCGUUCGCAAACAAGUCCAACGUUGUGCGGAAGACAGAUCCAUUCUAAUAACGACCUACGAGGGAAACCAUAACCAUCCAUUGCCCCCAGCUGCAGUGGCAAUGGCUUCCACAACCAUGGCCGCGGCUAACAUGUUGCUAUCCGGGUCAAUGUCUAGUCACGACGGGAUGAUGAACCCUACCAAUUUACUAGCCAGGGCUGUUCUUCCUUGCUCCACAAGCAUGGCUACGAUCUCAGCCUCUGCCCCGUUCCCUACAGUCACAUUAGACCUCACUCACGCACCUCCGCUUCCUAAUGGUUCCUCCCCUUCCACAGCCGCCGCUACCAACAACCACAACUCACUGAUGCUGCGGCCGCAACAACAAAUGACAAAUUUACCUCCAAAUAUGUUACCUCAUGUAAUAGGUCAGGCAUUGUAUAACCAAUCCAAAUUCUCGGGGCUUCAGUUUUCCAGUGGCUCUCCGUCGGCAGCACAGUCGCACGCGGUGGCUGAUACAAUAUCAGCACUAACUGCUGAUCCGAAUUUCACGGCAGCUCUUGCAUCCGUUAUUUCUUCUAUGAUCAAUGGGUCGAACCACCAUGACGGCGAAGGAAACAACAAAAAUCAAUAG